AUGGAAGGCAAGAAGAAGAAGAAGGAAACGCUACCGCCCGCGGCAGCACUCGAGACUAGACCAUCGCGCAGUAAACGUUCACGCCCGGCUUCAUUCGAGAAGCUGGUUUCCCGCGUAUUCCCUUCUAGACGCGCCGAGAGAGGCUACACUCUACGCAAGGAAUACAGAGAGGACGGACCGGAAACUGCUACUGAUCUUGUUUUCGGCAUGGUUGACUCCCAAAAGUUGCACAACGGUGAAGAUGUUAAGGAUGACCAGAGCAGACUGGUAGAGAAGAUAGCUGGGAACGCUUCCCAUCAGGUUGUAGGAGAUAAGGGUAGUGGACCCAAUUCUCAUCGUAGUGGGGCCAAAGACGCGACAAAGGAAGACGUUCAUAGACUCGCGGAGAGUGGAACUAUUCAUCGACGAAUAAGUGAAGGUGGUAGAGUUAAGGAGAAGAGACAUGGGAGCCUGAGGAGAUUCUUCAGCUUAAGGAAAGACAGCAAGAGCAGUGAUCGCAAAGAUCUGCGUAACGAUGCGAGGUCCCAGCAGGAGAAGCCAGUGCCUCUUUUGCACAUGCCCAAUCUCGAGAAGGAACCUCGCAGGUUGAGCUUAAAGGAGGAGACAGUCGAGAAAAAAGAGGAGAGUGAAACCCAGAAAGCACAACGAAUGCUUGAAGAGAAGAAGGCUCAGAGAGAGCAAAGACGUAGACUACAGGAGAGUGGAGAUUUCCUUGGAGUCCAGGGGGCAAAUCCACGGACAGGAUAUUGGGAUAUCAGCACUGCUACAAGUAGCAGCCAGCCAAGUCAGCUGAGCGAUGAUACAAAAAGGAAACUUGUGCAACAGGAAAAGCAUGCUGAAGAGCAGAGAAUAAAGUUCGAAGAGCAAAAAUCGAAGUACGAGAAGGCCCGAGCGAUGUAUCGAGCUGAACUGGCGAGGGUACAUAAAUCAAACGAUAACAGAGCAAGAGAAAAAGCUGAGCAGAAAAAAAGGGAGAUGAGACUGAGGCAAAGGCGAUACGGGAGGUGGAAGUCGGGUGAGAAUGGAUGGAGCAGCGUUGCUGAGCCAGCUUUGAGCCCAAUUCAACAGUCGUUAGCUGGAAGUCCCAGAGGCACUGCUCCUGGGGAUCGUCUUUUCCCGAUGCCGUCUGCGGACAACCCAACUCCCUAUAUUAACCCAAAUCAUAUCGGACAGCAGGAUUACUUUGGUCAUCGAAGCGUAUCUUCUCCACUGGCACGCGAUCGCUACAAUGCUCUUGUCGAAUCGGCUUCUACUACUUCCGGUCGAAGAAUUGUUGAAAUGCCGCGUAGGCAACGUAGGAAACGUAACUAUUCGUCUGGCACCGUGCUGCACAAAGACAGCAGUUAUGACUCGAUCGAUGAAAUACUAAGCAACAAUCCUCCUUUCCCCCCUUCGCGACGUCCCUCAGACGUUUUAGACGCCCCGGCAACGGAACGUAGCUCUCCAAAGGAACAGAGCCGUCCAACGGAGCAGAGCUCGGCAGCUUUGCCAGUAUCUCUUCGCGCAUCUCAAUCAGACAAUUUUUUAGAAGAAGCAUUGUUUCUACCCCAGCUAUACUGCCAAUACGCAGGCGAAGCUACAGCGACCUUAUCCCCAUUAGUGUUGACGAGUCAAGUCCUGACCUUCCAACUGUACUCCCGAAGCCCAGAGGAACUCAACCCCCGAAGGGGAAUCACAGCCUUGAACAAGCUCGCCCCAGUGUCUCCCAAAGACCUCGUAGCGAUGCAGAUCCCAUCGAGCUCCCAGGUACAGAAAGAUCUCACAGUCAUGGAACCGCUAGCAACAUCAAGAAUCUGGCCGGGAAGCCGGGGGUCAUCAACCACCAUCAUACCCACCAUCAUCAUUACUGGAUACGGUCCAGUGCAGCGCCUCUUUACCGGGUUCAGACUGAUCGCCAAGAUGGAGGUCACUCAGAGGCACCAAUUCUUGGAGGGGAAGUCAAAUCGGAUUUCUCUGCAAACAAACUCCCACCAGAACGGCACGUCGAAAGUCGGGCAGAGCACCGCGUGCCAAACUCACCAAGUCGACAUCGCUACAUCUUCGUACCAGAUGAUGGUGCGAAUAUCAAGAUUCUGUCGGAAACUUAUACCAAACGGAGAGAAAGUCAGAAUGACGAGCACACCCACAUCCAUAUCUAUGUCCCGUCAAAACUCAGAGAAACCGGAAGGGGUAGAGCACAAGCCAAAUCUACUGCAACACCGCUCUUCGGGGAAUCUGGAGAUCAAGGGCGCAACAGAAGCUCGGAACAGGAGAUCACAAACACACCGAAACCUGUUUCGACGGACUACCGGCCGAGUGACACACAUCAUUCGGGCAUUCAAGUUACUCCCACGAGGACUAGGAGACAUAGGAGGUCCUUUCAAAACUAGGAACAAGGCUUGGCAUAAUGUGGAGAACGAGGGGAAGGAACUUAGUAAGGAGCUGCCUCGAGGUAGACAUACGGCAAGACUGGGACCGGGACGGGUUGGUCUCAACUCCAACGGCAUUUUUCAAACGCAAUGGUUGCUGCCAAUAUUUAGCCCACAUUCGGACAUUAGGAGACAGGCCGAACAGCGUCUUAACUGGCAGGACGUUGGUCUGUUUCUCGCCGCGACCGUCUUUCGCGGGCAGUAA